AUGUUCAUAUCAUCAGACCCACAUAUGUGUAUGUCGAGCAUGAAUACACUGGUAAAAGCAAAUGGAAUCCAUAGAAACGACAAAUCCGCAAUCAAAAAAGUAAGUAAAUCAGACAACAACAGCUAUCAAAAGAGAACACAAACAACAAAAGCCACAAGAAGAAGAGAAAAUCUUAAAAUACUCAAUACUACUUAUCAUAUUUAUGGUAUACAGAACAAGAUGAAAAAAAUCCUCUUCAUCAUGUCAUCAGUUGAAUUUUUCAUAAAUAACAUCAAAUUGACGUAUACACAUAUGUUGCCAUAUAUAGAACAAGAAAGAAAAGUGAGAGGAAAGAACGGUCUGAGAAGAAAAAAUUGUGUAAAGACAAGAGACGAGAAAUAA